AUGAAUUCCCAGACCUUCAUCCUUCCAGAUCUACUCGCCAAUUGGCCUUUUAGGUGCUUCCAUAACCCCCUCUCAGACGAAGUUGUGCCAGCCAGCGCGGCCUGGAUAGAGGGUUACAAUAUUUUUGAUGAAAGAGCCCAAAAGGCUUUCAACCGCUGCAAUUUCGGAUUGUUCACUUCGUUGGCGUACCCCAAUGCUUCUGCCGCGCAUUUUCGCACCUGCGCAGAUCUCAUGAAUUUCUUUUUCGUCUUUGACGAGCUAAGCGACGAAGCCGACGGCCCCACUGUACGGAAACAGGCUGCCGAUAUUAUGUAUGCUUUGAGGAAUCCAUACGCACCUCCACCUCCGGGCGAGACCAUUCUUGGCGAAAUGGCAAGAUGUUUCUGGCGUAAAGGCUUACAGGAAGCACACAUCAGCCCAACCUCAGGCCGACGUUUCAUCGCGAACUUUGACGAAUACACUCAUGCCGUUUGCCGACAGGCAGAGGAUCGAGAUUGUGGUCGAACUCGUAAUCUCAGUGAUUACCUUGAACUCCGUCGAGGCACAAUCGGUGUACGGCCUUCCUUUGACUUCUUCAUCCUAACGGAUGACGUGCCCGAUGAGGUCGUUAAGCACCCACAAGUAGAAAAACUGGUGCAAGCGGCGAUUGAUAUGACAAUUAUAGCCAACGACGUUUAUUCGUACAACGUGGAGCAGUCUCGGGGAGACGAUGCGCAUAAUAUUGUAGCAGUGACAAUGAUGGACAAAGGACUUGACAUUCAAGGCGCAAUGGACUAUGUUGGGAGGAGGUACCAUCAGAUUGCUCGGACGUUCAUUGACGACAUGAAACAUGUUCCUACUUUUCCGGGUCAGAUAGGGAGAAUAUUGCGCGAGUAUGUGUUCGGGUUGGGGAUAUGGGUGACGACAAACAUAGAAUGGUCGUUUGCAGGGGAAAGAUAUUUUGGGAACGCUGGACCAAGUAUUAAGGUCCACAGAAGGGUCGAGUUGCUGCCGAAACGGAGAUAG